UGGCAAAGAAAAGAAAAGAAGAGAAAGGUCGUCAAGGAUUGUCCGUUAAAAGGUGCAGCGAAUCUCUCUCUUUCUUCCCAACCAAAAAAAAAAGAAGAAGAUUCUCUGAUCGAUUCCGCCAUUUCGCAAAAACAAUUCCGGCGUAGUCGUCUGUUAUUUUGUUCUUAGGGGAAAGAUACGAGUUUGAUGAUUUCUAGGUGAAAGAAAGAAAGAGGUCUCUUCACGGCGGAUUCUUUUUAUUUUUUUUUCUCUAUCGACAUGGAAUCAUCGGCGUAUUCUAGCGGCGGCGUAACGAACCUUGAACCGUCGAUCGGGGCAUGGCAUUUCCAAAUUGCAGUCUAUUUCGCCUUCGGAUUCUUCUUUUUGAGGCUCUUCCUCGAUAAAUUCGUCUUUCAAAGGAUAGCUGUAUGGCUUUUGAGUACUGGUUCUAAGCCAAUUAAAAUGAAGGAUGCUGCUACUCGUGCUAAGCUCAUCAAAUGCAAGGAGUCUCUCUGGAAAUUGCUCUACUAUGGUGCUUGUGAGUACUUCGUUCUCAGUGCUCUUUAUCACGAGCCUUGGGCCGGAGAUAUUAAACUCUUCUUUCACGGUUGGCCUAAUCAAGAGCUCAAGCUUCCAAUAAAGCUUUACUAUAUGUGCCAGUGCGGUUUCUAUGUGUAUGGUGUUGCUGCCUUGCUUGCAUGGGAGACUAGAAGAAAGGAUUUUGCUGUUAUGAUGUCUCACCAUGUGAUUACUAUCAUCCUCAUUGGCUACUCAUACCUAACCAGUUUUUUCCGAAUUGGAGCAAUCAUCCUAGCCCUUCAUGAUGCAAGCGACGUGUUUAUGGAAUCUGCUAAGAUUUUCAAGUACUCUGAGAAGGAAUUUGGAGCGAGUGUGUGUUUUGCACUUUUUGCCGUCUCUUGGCUAUUGCUACGGUUGAUAUACUUUCCAUUUUGGAUCAUAAGGGCCACAAGCAUUGAACUCCUGGAUUAUUUGGACAUGACAUCAACUGGAGGCACCAUCAUGUACUAUUCUUUCAACACAAUGUUACUGAUGCUUCUUGUUUUCCACAUAUACUGGUGGUAUCUCAUUUGCGCCAUGAUUGUAAGACUACUUAAAAACAGAGGAAAAGUUGGAGAAGACAUAAGAUCCGAUUCAGAGGAUGAUGAUUAGGCUUUUUGCAAGCAUGACAUAUACGGAACAUGUUUCCACUUCCCCAACCAAAACCAUUUAGCUGCUGAUGAAUUUGUUCUCAGCUUCAUUACCUUACUGACUAGAGUUGGAGGUUAAAAAAAAGAAAGGUUAUAGUUUUUUUUCCAGUUUGUAUUGGUCAAGUCCAUUUGGACGAUAAAGACCUGCAUAUUCUCUUUGACAAAUAUAAGGAAAACAGAUCUCAGGUUUUUUGUGUUGUUCUGUGUUUGUAUAAAACAAUGUGGAAGUUACUUUGUAAAUGCAAUUUCUCUUGUAUGUUUUCUUAUACCAUAGCUUUGGAGCUC